AUGGUGGCGAGGGGGCAGGUGGUUUUGACGGAGUUUAGCGCUACCCAGACAAAUGCGAGCACCGUAGCUAGACAAAUUUUGGAAAAGAUGAGCCAAGGAAAUAAUGAUAGCAACUCCUCUUUUUCGCACGAUCGUUACAUCUUCCAUGUCAAGAGAGCCGAUGGUCUCACCGUCCUCUGCAUGGCCGAUGAUGCCUCCGGAAGGAGAAUCCCUUUUGCUUUCCUCGAAGAUACCCAACAGAGGUUUGUAAAGACGUAUGGUCGAGCCAUUCAAUCAGCUUCGCCUUACGCCAUGAAUGAAGAAUUCUCCAGGGUCAUGAGUCAACAAAUGGACCAUUUCUCGACCGACCCCAAUGCCGAUAGAUUGAACCGUUUAAAAGGGGAAAUGAGCCAGGUACGAAGUGUAAUGAUCGACAACAUCGAGAAAGUAUUGGAGAGAAGCAAUCGUUUGGAGUUGCUGGUGGAGAAGACAAGGUCAAUGCAGGGGAAUUCACUUCGAUUCAAAACUCAAUCUCAUCGUUACAAGAAUACUAUGCGGUGGAGUAAUUGCAAGAUCACGUAA